CUUGCCGUAUGAGAGUGCUUUUCGCCGAACCCGGGCCGGGCUGGGUGAGAGGGCAGAGUUCUGCGGCUGCGCAGGAGCCGAGGCCGGGGUACCAAAGCCGUACUCCCUGGGGGAGGGGAGGAGAAAGGCUUGCCGGGUCCUCCCCUGGCUGCAACUCUGCACCCGGUGCACAAGAAUGGGCAGCUGUGGUGGGCCUGGAAAUUCAUGUCCAGAUAUCUUCCAAUUCAAAACUUUUCUCUGGAUCUCAAGUUACCUUUUUAGCACCCCCUAAUUCAUUGGUUUCUUUUUUUGAUGCCUCCCUACCUGGAACAUUGCCGGUUCUCAACAGGAGAUGUGUGGAAGCAGCCGUGAUGACAGGCCUGGCUCUGAACUGUACUGUAAACAAGAAGUCUUUAUUUGACAGAAAGCACUACUUCUACGCUGAUCUCCCUGCUGGAUACCAGAUCACCCAACAAAGGCUUCCUAUUGCCGUAAAUGGGAGCUUGACAUACAGCCUUGGUGUGGGAGUCCAGUGGAGUCCAUCAACCACCAAAACAGUGAGAAUCAAGCAGAUCCAGCUGGAGCAAGACAGUGGCAAGAGCCUUCACGAUGACACAAGGUCCCAGACGCUCAUUGAUCUGAACCGGGCAGGAGUCGGCCUUAUGGAGGUUGUCAUGGAGCCCGAUAUGUCCUGUGGGGAUGAGGCAGCAACAGCCAUCAAAGAACUUCAGUUGAUUCUUCGGGCCCUGGGGACCAGCCAAGCAAAUAUGGCAGAGGGCCAGUUGAGAGUGGAUGCUAAUGUAUCUGUGCAUCAUCCUGGGGAGCCUUUGGGAGUCAGGACUGAAGUGAAGAAUCUCAACAGCAUCAGAUUCUUGGCCAAAGCAAUAGACUAUGAAAUUCAAAGACAGAUUGAAGAACUUGAGAAUGGAGGCACAAUUCUGAAUGAAACACGAGCAUUUGAUGAGAAACUUGGGUGUACUGUGUCAAUGAGGGAUAAAGAAGGAAAGCAAGACUACCGGUUCAUGCCAGAACCCAAUCUUCCCCCACUGAUCCUUUACGACACCGAGUCCCUGCCUGUGGCUGCAGACCCCCGGCAAGUGGUCAAUAUCGAUCAGAUUCGAGAGAGUCUUCCUGAGCUCCCCAGCGUGACCAGAGGGAGGCUCGUCGAACAGUAUGGGAUUCUGCCGGAACACAGCUUCGCCCUCCUGAAUGAGAAUGGACUAUUGGAGUUCUUCCAAAAUGUGAUGAAAGAAACUAGGGCAGAGCCAAAAAAAGUGAUCGGCUGGAUUCUCAGCACUUUCCUGGGUUAUUUAAAGCAGCGGAACCUUGCUGUUAACGAGAGUCCAAUCUCCCCUUCUUCACUGGCCGAGCUUCUCAGUCUUCUGGAUGGCAAAGUCAUCUCUCAGCCCGCAGCUCAACAGGUUUUUGAGGAAUUAUGGCAAAACCAAGGGAAGUCUGCAGGCCAGAUUGUUCAAGAGAAGAAACUCGAGCUGCUCCAAAAGCAAGAAGAACUGGAAGAGAUAUGCCAGGCAGUGCUGGACCGGCAUCCUCAGGAGGUCAUGGCAGUAAAGAAGGGAAACCAGAAAGUUGUGAAUAAGCUGAUCGGACUGGCCCGAAGGGCGACAGAAGGACGGGCAGACCCAGCCAAGAUAAAGCAGAUUCUGGAGAAGCAGCUGCAGUGAGCAGCUCUGGGGCUGGAACCCUUGACUGGAACAGGAAGAAAGCAAACUGGCACGAGUGUGUGCGGGCACCUUCCCGGGGACCUCGAGGCUCCUCCUGAGCCAAGCAGAAGGCCGCCCUGCUCCCCACAGACCACCAGCAUCCUGCCCUGGCUGCCAAAGCUAGGCCGGCUGCCUCCCGAGCCCCUUCCAUCCUAGACCUUUCCCUUGGCACCAUGUCCCCAUGACGGAGAUUACCAGGAAACUCCACAGGAGAACAGAAGGUCUUGCUCCCGUGUUUGUUUCCGUGCCAGCGGGAGCUGAGCGGGUUUCAGGCAGAAAUGUAGCUGCAGCCCUAAGUCAGAUUCUAGAAUUCUGAAAUAAAUAAAUCAG